GUGUGAUUUUCUAUGUUUGGUAGCCACAUAUUUUCAUUUCAUCGAAAGAAAAGGGAACACAGACGAAAUCCUCUGACCCAAUAAUGGUUUCAAAAUACCUUUCAUGCUUUUUCACUCCUGAAGAGUUUUUCAAAAAAGUUGUGCCUUGAAAUAUGAUCAAGAACCAAAAACUAAUUGAAGUAGUUUGAAAAAGGGUAAUGUUAUUCCAUCAUUCCUGUAAAUUAAAUUUUUUUUUUUUUUAAUAAUUUGGUCUCCAUGGACACUCAGCCAAAUUAAUCAAUAAAUAAUACGUCCUCUUUAUUAGUCGUUAUUCAGUUGGAUUUCUGAUUAAAUUUAAUUAAUUAAAUUACAUAAAAUAACAAUUGCAAACACACUCAAACAUGGAGGUUAUGGAAGAAGGAAAUUUAAUGGACAGAGUCCCAGUAUUGUUGCAAAGAGAUCUACAGUUUUAUCAGACACAUCAAAGAGUCCUGCAGGAGCGCAUUUGCCUAGGUGUGGUGGGAGGUAAGCUGGAUUUCCCACGUUAUGCAUCGUUUGCCGCAAUUAAAAUUGUUUUAUGGUGGGAAGAUGAAUAUUAUGCUUCUUAUCAAAAGCAUUCUGGACUAUUGCAUGCAGAAUGGGAACUGUUGUCACAUGACCCGACAGCUGUUAUUGUGAAGACCUCAGAUCCUGAAAAAUUCGUGAAUCUUGUAACGCGGUCGGCUGAUAUGCUGCUGGAGCAUCUACACAUACUUUCGCAGGAGUCAUUAGAUCAUGCCGAUCUCUCGGUGCUGACGGCAACCAUUGGUGCAGCGGCGCUCAUAAAGAAUUGUCUAAAUAUUUAUAUGCAAGCAGCUAAUGUGAAAAUCUUCCGUCCGAAGGGCAAUGAAAAGGGUGGCGCAUUAAGAUUAUCCUAUAAGCAAUAUUUCCAAAUGGCCGAAGCUCUAGCGGAAAGAUUAUUGGAUCUACAUUGCAGACUGCUGUUGUUGUAUAUCGUACAAGAUGCGGAUUGUCUGAAUUGGGAAAACAGUCAACCGUUUUUCGAAUCAGAACGUGGUUCCUACACUAUACAAAUGUGGUGGCACUAUAUCCAGGGCAUUAAGGACGAUCUGUGGAAUUCAGUGCCGCCAAAGAUGGCCCAACGUAUUUUUGCGGGUAUUUUAAACGAAACUCUGAGUGUGCUUACAGCGCGAUAUUCGUCAAUUUUAACCAGUGUCGAAAGAGCUCCGUUACAUUUGGCCGAUAUCUCUAAUAUGUUGUUUUGUGUAGCAGAAUUGCUGCCUUUCAUCUGUGAGAGUGGUGAAGCCUGUAUAGGUCUUCAGCUUCCUACUCAAAAUGCUAUAAUCCGCGAUGUACACGCUAAGUGUCGAGAGUUGUUUUACUGCCUUUUGUUACGUGGUGCACCGUUAGGAGUGCUGUCAAAGCUUUGUCGUAAGAAUAUCGAAAAUAUGGAAAUGUUUUCAUCCAGACAAGGAUUACCCUGCGCUUGGAUCUUAUUUGCAUCACCACGUCUUUUUUCAACUGAUAAAACUUUUCAGUGGGUAACUGAAUUCGGUGAUCUCAGCGCUAGAAUCGCCAUAUCGUUGGAAUUGAAAGUGCUUUUAGCGUUUCCCGAAGCAGAUUGGGCAUACUUAUUAAAGGUGCUCCUAAUGCGUAACGCACAGGUGACGGGUAUAAUUCUACGUCAUAUUUUUUCACACUUGCCAUCACCGGAUAAUUUCAAAAAUGAAAACAGUUCAUUUCUCAGCGACUUUGGUGAACAGAAAAAAUGUGAGGCAUUUCUGUGUCGGGGUGAAUGCUUAGAUUUAUCGGAUCACAUUAGAAAUCAAGCAGCAGAUCCUGUCGGUCAGUCUAAUUAUCAAAUUGUACUAUCCCUAACAUACUUGUUGGUGGCGGUUGGAAAGGCUGUCGAUAUUAAAUCGUGCCUCAUUAAAACGGUAGAAGAGAGUCCCGCCGGUUGGAGUGACUGUCUUGACAAGCGACAGGUUUGGAAUCAAAAGCGCCCACCUUGGCUAGAAGCUAUUAUGUAUUUUGUAUAUCCGGUUCUAAAUUGCGUUGUCGAUCUGUUAGUUAAUGCUGUCGAAGCGGGCGCUAGUAUGUACCAGGCAAUGUCACUGGCAUUAACAUGUGUUUCCGAGAUGUGGGAUUGUGUACCGGAGAGUCUCUACAAAGUAACAAUUUUGCUGCAAGACAUCAUACCAGUCUCAACACGCCCUCUUGGAGAUUCUGUGCUUAUGCAAGUAGUCUUUGCAGCAUUAUAUACGGACCUCAUUCGAAAAGCUAAAAUUUACGAAAAAGAAAACAAAAUUGAUAAAGCAUCAACUUGCUAUUCCAUCUCCGAAGCUAUAUGCUGUAUUGACGAAGACGACAAACAUACUGAUCAAAUCGAUUUGUUUCUAAAACAAACACGUGACUCCAUAGCGGUCGACACAAAUCCCCACUAUGAAUACAACGGUGGGGCACGCAGUUGGGUGAGCACCUUAAGUACAGUGAAGAUUGAUGAUUUAAAUACUACUAACACGGAGCGAUUAACACAAAGUCCGCCAAUAAAUUAUGCCUCGGAGUUAGAUGUGGGUAUAGCUGACUAUAUAGCAGAUAUAUUGGUGAGCGAUGUGCUCACAAGUAACAUUGGAAGGCAAGCUUUAAAGACAAGUUAUAGAUAUUUGAAGAAUAAUGCAGAUUGGUUAUUGGAACAGUUGGGUUCUGGUGAUCCGGUCAGUGGUCCAAACCCGGGACAGAGGAUCAAUGAACCCAAGGAUUCGAUAUUGUCAACUAUGUUUUUUGUUGGAAGUCAUACGUUCGACCAGCUUUUGAGCGGUGUACUUAACAUCGACUACAUUACUUGGCUGCAAACCCCUCUAUCUUUGAAUACCGAACGAGCUUGGCUACAUUUGUCUCGUCGUUGUGAUUUCCAGGAAGACUCCAAGCUUAGAAUGCCCGAGGUGACAAUGGUUGCUGGUAUUACUCAAGUCAUGAAGAAAAUGAAAUACCCCAAAAAACUUUAAACCUAGUUUUAAUUGACACACAUACUUGUGCCUAUGAACAAAUUGCUAGGUUGUUAGCGCUAAAAUUAGCGACAAAUGUUAGAAAAUACAAGUAAAAUGAGUUGAUAAUAAUUGGGUUGGAAUUAUAACCAAUAGGCUGAAAUAAGUUAACAAAUGUUUUAAAAAAUUCAGUUUAAAAGAAAAUUAAAUAAAAUCUUAUUUCACUUAAGCUAUAUAUUCAUAUGUUAAAUACCUGUAUUCUUGAAGCAAAAAAAAUUAAACAAAACAAAUAAAGAAAUCCGGGUGCAUCCGAACAUUAUAUAUUCGCGAAAUAAAUCGCAACCUGACCCCUAGAAUUGUAAGCAAACCUUACCCCACGCGCCCUUCAAAAUAUAAAAUAACCUAACCCACGUGACCCCACGUGAAAUUAUAAAGUAACUUUUGUUUACAUUUUAGCUGAGAUCAAUGACCUUUGUUUAUUUCCAUUUUGGUUGAGGUCAAUGACUUUUGAGUUUGGGGUUUGUUUACAUUUUGAGUGUUACUUAUUUACAUUUUGGAGGGUCUCAUAGUUUUGCUUAGAUAUUGAGAGUGACAUGGUGUCAGGAUUAACAAAAUUUUGAAGUCACGUGGGUGUUUUACUUUUUGAGGGACCACGUAGUGUAGGUUUGUUUAAUUUUUGGAGUGACAUGAGGUCAGGGUUGUUAAGAUUUUGAGGGGUCAUGUGGAGUAGUGUGUUUACAUUUUUACGGACGCGUUUACUUUUUUUGUGACGGCAGGUCACGUUGGAUCAGAUUUCUUUACGAUUUGCGGCCACAUGAGGUAUGGUAUUUAACAUUUUGAGGAGACACAGUUUUGUUUAUAUUUUGGGAGAAGCGUAGUGUGAGGUUAAUUUAUUUUUUGGCGGAUCACGUUGAAUGAGGUUAGUUUUCAUUUUGAGAGUCGCGUGGGAUCAGAUUGGUUUACAAUAUUGGGUUCACAUGUGGUUAUAUUUGUUAUAACCAAGAAAUACGUGUAACAGGUUUUAUUAAGAUAUAUAAUUUUUAUUCAAGUUAUCGCUUGCCAGCAGCAAUUUGAUAUAACGUGAUUUUUUUAUACCCCUUUAAAGGGUUAGAACCAACAGUUAUGAGAACAAUACUAUUAUACUCUGUGCAAUAAGUUACGAUCCCUCUAGUAUUUACUGUCAUUAUUUAUAUAUUUUUUGCUUAAUUUAUUAUAGUAAAAAAAAUCUUACGCUAUAGUAAACACAUAAUUACAAGUAAUUCUACAAAUGAAAACAUGUUCAAAAAUAUGCUACCGAUUGCAUUUUCAGACACUUGCGUUUUACUACGGUGAUUCUCUGAUUUAUGCUUACCGUUAUUUGUGGCACUUUUUGCUAUGUGCAUAUAACCCAUAUUUCUGUAGCGGCGUAAAAUCAUUUUUUAUGUUUUGCUGAUGCCAUAAAACCAAAAGAACUGAAAUAUAAAAUUUAGUAGCGACAAAAAUGUAAUCGAAUCGAAGAAUGAUUUUCACACGAACUGCUAAGAAAUUUGAGCUUAUUGCAAGAACUACAUAUAAAGAAGCGCUUAAUUACUCAUUAUUUAUUACACAUAUUUAUACUGGGUGACAUGCACAUUUUUCUGACAUGCUUGGUCUGACAUCUGUCAUUAAACUUCUGUUAGAAUUCGUAUCAUGGAACAGUACACACAGCCUGAGCUAGUUGCAAUCGCGUAGCUGCACUUUUAAAAGAAUAAACUGGUAUAUUUGUGGGUAAUUUGAUGUAGUUUGUGCUAAAAUUAUUUUACAAAGAAAGGUUUCUUUGGAAAUCAUUGUAGGUACAAUGUGGUGUUUACACGCCCUGCAUUAUACGGUUUAUCAUGGUUUGAUAUUAUAAAAAAAAUGCUUGUCUUCUUUUGACAAUAUUUAAACAUUAAAAAACUUAAAGGGAGAGCAAAUUAAAGUACACAUUUCACUAAAUAUAUAUGUAAUUAAGUAAUCGUACAACGGAAGUCAAUAAGGAUAGCAUGUUUAACCAUUUAUGUAUUUUUUUAAACGUUUACUUUGGUAAAAGUGUCGAACAUUUAAUAAAAUAGUGAAAAGAAUUUGGUGUAUUUUCCCAAAUGUUUUCGAUACUCAACAGCUGUUUCAAUAGUUAACAAAAUACACGCGUAAACAUAGGCUGAUACAUAGAGUAUACAAUGAAAUGCUAAUAAACACGUUUUAUUUACGAAGUAAUGUUUUAGUGGGGACUAGCUUCUAGCUAUAACUGUAUGUAGCGAAUAAGGCUGUAAAGUUCCAAUUCGAGUGUUUGAGUCUCUUGUUGCUUUUAUUUUUUUUUUGUGAGACCAAGUGUAUGUUUAAUGGUAUUGAAUAUGUAUGCCUAGUAAACAUACACGAUUUAAAUUAGGCUAGAUACAAUCGUUCGAGGCUGAGUUUAAUAAAAAUUCCAAAAAGCGUCAUAUUAUGCACAAAAAAGACUUAGGACAGGGAAUGUGUUCAGAGAGAGUGAUCAGAGUGUUUCGUGGGUUAUAUACUAUUCUUCUUCUUCUUGACUGGCGUAGACACCGCUUACGCGGUUAUAGCCGAGUCCAAAACAGCGCGCCACGUUUCCCUCCUUCUGGCAGUUUGGCGCCAAUUGGUAAUACCAAGCAAAGCCAGGUCCCUCUCCACCUGGUCCUUCCAUCGGAGUGGAGGUCUCCCUCUUCCUCGGCUUCCACCAGCGGGUACUGCAUCGAAUACUUUCAGAGCUGGAGCACUUUCAUCCAUUCGAACAACAUGACCUAGCCAGCGUAG